AUGGCUCAUGAUAAGAACAAAGACAAAAGCAAUGGAGAUGUGACCAUUGAUGCUUAUCAUCGUUACAAGGAAUUUGAAAAGAUGAAGGAGAAAGUACCUGAUAACUUCAGGCUUGACUUUGCUGUGAGCAGAGAGCAAACAAACAAAAAAGGAGAGAAAAUGUACAUCCAAACACGAAUGGCUCAAUAUGCAGAAGAGCUAUGGGAGUUACUGAAGAAAGAUAACACUUUUGUCUAUAUGUGUGGACUAAAAGGAAUGGAAAAGGUAAUCGAUGACAUAAUGGUGUCAUUGGCUGCAAAAGAUGGUAUCGAUUGGAUUGAGUACAAGAGGCCAUUGAAGAAGGCAGAACAACGGAAUGUCAAAGUCUACUAA